AUGCCCAGCUCCGCAUCGACAACCAGCUCCGAGGGUGCCGGCGGUGCGCACAGCGACAAUACCUCUGACAGCUCCGUCGACGGCACACCAGACAUUAUGGACCGGCCCAGCGUCAAGCCGAUCGCAGCAUCGACACCGACGGGCCUGUCCAUGGCUCCGCCCCUUGCGGAACGCCUCAGCGGCCUCUUUGCCGAGAACACCAUGGCCAAGAUCACGCGGACGGCCGUCGAGGCGCUCGUCGAUAACGACCCGCCGACGCGGUAUCCCGAGUACGUGCCGGUGACGGGGCCCGGGGCCGGCCAGUAUGCGCUGCGCGAGGCCGACUUUUGGACGUGCGGGUUCUUCCCGGGCAGCAUCUACCUGCUGCUGGAGCGGUUCAACAAGUUCCCGCAGGUAGUCGCGCCGCACCUGUCACCGGCGCUGCGCCGGCGCGUGCAGACGACGCUCGAGACGACGGCGCAGUCGUGGGACGGGCCGAUCCGAAGCAUGGCGGGCCGCACCGACACGCACGACAUGGCCUUUAUCGUGAUGCUGUCGCAGCGGGCGUGCUUUGAGCAGUACCACGCGCCCGCGGCCCGGGCGGCCGUGGUCCAGGCGGCGUACGCGCUGCACGGGCGCUUCCACGCGACGGUGGGCGCGAUCCGGUCGUGGGACCGGCUGGACCAGGACGGCGUGCUCGUCGACUCGCUGGCCGACGACUUCCUCGUGAUUGUCGACUCCAUGGUCAACCUGGACCUGCUGUACCACGUGGCGGCGCUGGUGGGUGACGACACGCUCGCCGCCGCGGCCACGGCGCACGCCAACACGGUCCUGGGCAGCAUUCUGCGGGACGAGGCGUCGACCACGCCCUCGGACGACGGCCGACCCAUGUACAGCACCUUCCACGUGGCCAACUUCUCGCCGGCGACGGGCGCGGUCAAGGAGCUGCGCACGGCCCAGGGCUACGCGCGCGACUCGACCUGGGCGCGCGGCCAGGCCUGGGGCAUCCUGGGCUUUGCGCGCACGUUUCUGCGCACGGGACAGCCGCAGUUUGCGCGCGCCGCCGCGGGCCUCGCAAACUACUUUUUGCACCGUCUCGCCACGUCACCGGCGUGUGUCGAGGUCGAGGUCGGCGACCACGGCCGCAAACGCGGCCGUCUUGUCCCCCUCUGGGACUUUGACGCGCCCGUCGACCCCCACGCAGUGGCCGACACGGGCCCGCUGCGCGACUCGUCGGCCGGCGUGAUUGCCGCCAACGGCAUGCUGGUGCUGUCGCAGGCGCUGCGGGCGCGCGGUCAGACGCAGGAGGCCGACCGGUUCCUGCAGGCGGCGCUGGCCAUUGUCGAGGACACGCUGGCGCUGUCGCUGGCGCCCGAGACGGCCGAGUUUGUGGAGGAGGAGGAAGAAAAGGCAGAGUCGGCGGCGUGGGCCGUCGUCAAAGACACACACGCCGGCCAGUCGUUUGCCGCGAUCCUGAAGCACGCAACAGCCAAUGCCAAUGCGCGGGACCACCACCGGUACUGGAACCACGGGCUGGUGUAUGCCGACUACUAUUUGCUCGAGUUUGGCAACCAGCUGCUGCGGAUGGGAUUGGCAUAG